GAUCACAACGCGGCAGACACGCAUGCUGUUUCUGAGUAUAUAAGCUUGUGCUUGAUACCUCGUAGCUCUCCAAUUCCCCACUUCCCAUUUCCUGCCAGCCCGCCAUGAGCCACGCCACACAAGAGUCCUGGGUCACUUCUGCAUCUCAAGCAGCAGAUCCACCGUCUUCUGAGUCUGACCGUGACUAUGAUGAACCAUCCUCUCUUCCUGCUUCUACUCAGCAAUCCAGUCAGCAAGAAUCCUCAUCCGGCACCUCCCAAGCUUCUGCUGACGCCACAGGUCUGCCUCACACCCCCGAGAAUCGGGAACGGUCUCCCAGUUCUGCCGUGAAGAACACCCCGAUUGCACGUAACGAGAACUCCACAAACCAGCAUAGCGUUGAUAGCCAGGACGCAGAAGCGCGUUACGUGCGUUAUGCUGGAGAAAUACAGCCAUAUGUGCUCGGCCCCAUGCCGUGCGAAGACUUUCUCAACAUCGUGUGCCGCGGCUAUCCCAAGAUGUCGUUUGCAAACAUGCCUUCACCAGUCGAGGCCUUCAAGGACGUUCCCCGGCGGGCUGAGAAGGAAGUGGAGAUAUACGACCCAUUCAUCGCAGCGGUGAAUGGCGAGAACGGGGUCUCCAGAUGCCCAGGGAUCGAAUUCAAAGACACCUCAUCCCGAGCGGAAGAACAGGGUGCAGGAUGGCUCAAGCCGGAUGUCAUGGGCUAUCGGGAGGACUUGGAGAUUCCCGAGAAGGAGACGAAGAGGAAGAGCAAGAGCACGGCAGCGGUGGCGCACAUGGGCUAUGCGGAGAUCUUCGUCGAAGUGAAGCGCUCGCCAGAUAACGACUUCUUUAUGGAUCCCCCGGAGAACACGCAGCAUAAAGGACACCUUUUCAUUCUCAACCCUUCAUCACUAUCAAGCAAAGACAAACUCAGGAUUGCGACGAAAGCUCUUGGCCAGAAUGUUGCAUAUGCGGCGGAGAUUCUCGCCCGCCAACAUCGUCGCUUCCUCAUGUCCAUAUCGAUGUCAGGCUCCCGUAUUCGACUCUUUCUCUGGGAUCGGAGUGGCGUGCUCGUAACAGAAUCGUUCGACUUGCACGAGCGUCCGGAAAUCCUCUGUAGGUUUUUGUGGUGGUUCUCCCACGCCAGCGAGUAUGGGCGAGGGUAUGAUUUGACGGUGAGGAUGAGCGCGGAUGAGGAGGAGGAACGAAAGUUCAAGGAUGCGAUGACCAAACACGUCAAGGAGCAAUUGUUGCUAUGCACCUCACCGGAAGACGCCAUGCGACUGGGGAAGGAUCAAGCGCAAGUAGAAGAUGACAAGAAGCGCCUGAUAGAAGCCCUGCGUGAUCACUAUCAGCCGGGGACCGUCGUAGCGGCUGAUGUGUUUCAUGAGGUGCAAGACCAUGAAGGCAAAGUAGCGACCGAGGUCAAGCGCGUCCUCGUUUCAUGCCCUGUCGCAUCACCUAAAUCGAUUGCAACCCGAGGCACGCGCGGAUAUUGGAUGAUGUUCGAUGACGGCCGUGUCGGUUUUCUGAAGGACACUUGGCGCCAUGGUACUAAGGGAUUCGAGCAAGAGGGCAAAACGAUACAGUAUUUGAACGAGCACGGUGUACACAAUGUGCCCAAGGUUCUGUAUCAUGGCGAUGUCAAGCGGCACGGCAAAAAUGGGGAGAAGUAUCAGAUGACAGUCGUGCACAAAUUCACGGGGAAGGAUUGGGUGUGCCGUGGCACUGCGAGCCAGGAUAGUACGGACGACACCGAGCAUUCCAACGCCAAUACUCGAGAAAUCAAAGUGAGAGGGCACGUUCACUACAGGCUUGUCCUAGACAUUGCCGGGUACAAUCUGCACCACUUCGCAGACUCACGUGAGCUCCUUGAGAGCACGCGCGACGUGCUGACCGCGACGACCGAUGCCUAUAACGCUAAUAAAAUACAUCGCGAUCUGAGCGCAACCAACAUCGUCCUCUAUAGGCAUCCUGGUGGGGGGAGAAGGAUCGGGUACUUGAUAGACUGGGAAUUUGGUUGUAACGUUAAUCGUCCGCUGGGAGCUCGCCCGUGGCACAUUACCGGCACCUGGCAGUUCAUGUCAGCGAACGUGCUCGACGGUGAUGACACCUAUCGGCACGUUGUCGAGGACGAUAUGGAGUCUUUGCUCUACGUAGUGCUUUAUUGCGCGGCACGGUGGACGAAGCACAACAAAGAUGAGGACUCGCUGAAGGGAUUUUUCUCCAAGUUCUUCGAUGAUUCGACAACGAUGGACGGAACCUCUACGGGCGGCGAUGCGAAGCUCAAAAACAAGAUGAAACGAACUUACACCAGGCGUUUGGAGUUCGCUUGCAAGCCCCUGCAGGACUGGUUGACCGCGGCUUUAGAUCUCAAUAAUCCGGCAGGACCGAUCGUUCAAUACCCUCCGGAAUGGACCCUUGAAAAGUUUGCGAAGUUAUGGGACGAUGCACUAGCGAAGACUUUCGUCAUGAUGCCAGACAGGGUAGAGCGCGCGAUUCCUGGUGUGGGGGCGCAGACACAAUUCAAGGCCACCACUGCAUCUUUGGGCCCAGGUGCUACCAGCGACCAGGAGCAAGACGAUGUCCUGAGCGAUUCCGAUUCCGAGUCGACCGCUGAGGAAGAAAGGCGACCCGUCGCGGACACGGAUUCCAAGAGUCGAGAGCAGCGCGUGGCGAAGUCUCGCGUUAGCAAAGGCAAACAGCGUGAAGGCCAACCUGACCCUCGAAGAGGGAAGGGACGCAGCCGCCAAGCAAGCACCUCGGUGGACCAGCCCGAGGCUAGCGGAAGUGCUGCACAAGACACGAUGGACGUCGAUGCCGAGAAGGACAACACGAAGGCUGUGCACGAGAAGGGCCAGCUGAGGAAACGUCGCGCAUCGCCUUUGGUUGACAAUAAACGGACGAAGAAGACGAGGAAGACAAGCCCGAGAGUCAAGGCCAGCGUAAGCGCGAUGCGUUCGCGUGUACGUCAACAGCCUUCCUCCGCAACUGGUCCUAGUGGUCGAACCCCAUCUCCUGAGCUGCAGGCAUCUGGUUCUGGGACGCAGGCUGGCACGGUGGAGGAUGUGCCGCUGCGUCGAUCAACUCGCUCGCGUCGUCCGACUCAGUCGACGGCUGUUAAUGCACCGGGGCCGGUCGCGCGUAGGCCCACCCGCAAGCCUUCUGGUAGUCGUGGCUAGCUGAACUGUGGUUUGGCGAGGUAGAAUCUGUUGUCUUUGCAAGAAUCCACGGAGAGAUUGGAGUGAAUCCCCAUGUUCUUUUCAUGGUUUCAGUCCUUCGGUGUACUUUGAUCCUAGUUAUCAAGCAUUUUUGUAAAGGCUCUGGAUGGAUAGAUCUUAUGUGAAUGCAAGAAAUGACCUCGCAUUUCAGUGACGUGAAAGUGAUGUGUUCAAUAGAUCAUGAAUGCUC